CGUCAUUACGCGUGUUCGAGUGCUGAUCAUUUUGAGUUUUUGCGCGGUCGCGCGUAAUACGGAAUAAUCAUAAUGAUAUCGUUCGCGAUAUGUUCUGCAAGCGACUACGCGCCGUCGACUGCUUCUGCAGUGGUGUGCAGACGGCAUUCGAUAGAGUACACACCAAUCGUAACCUCAAUUCAAUCGUGCCCAAAGUGAGAGACGUUUGUUAUUAUUUUGCAGAAAUCGGCGAAUGAAAUCAACUUCCAGACAACGUCGAUGAUCGUUCGAACUAUAGUUUGAUUGAUUCAAGUGACAUCGAUAAAAGUAAAUAAUAGCGUUAAAAAACAUGGCUAGUUUAAUGAUGAAAUUGAUGUCGGCUGCACCGAGUCGAAAUUUAGCCAAAAAUUUCGUCGCCCCCGUAGUGAGCGACGGACUUCGGUGUUUACAGACGACCGCGGCAAGAUGCUCUUACGACGAGGACGGCAAGACCACCGUGACGAUACUCAACAAAAAUUUCGAUUACGGCCUCAUGAUCGACAACAUGAGCGAGCAAGGUUUCGUUCUCAACAAUGGCAUCAGAACGGUAGGACCGUUGAUACUGUUCCCAAAGACCAUGCUGAGUUGGAACAUAGCCUGCUCCGAGGACAUGAACGAGGACUCGUUCUCAUUGCUCUUGAACAUGCAUCCCAAGUUGGAUGUCGUUGUUGUGGGUUUGGAUGAUAAUUAUCCAGCUAAUUCUCCCAUUGUGAAGAAAGUCAAAGAUAUAUUUAGAAAACAUAAGAUCAAUGUAGAAGUUUUACCGACUUACAAAGCCUGCUCCACGUAUAAUUUUCUCAAUGCUGAGAAUAGAUAUGCAGCAGCAGCUAUGAUACCUCCAAAGUUGUUGAAAGUUGAAAAUCUAUUGUUAAAAGAUGGUCAAAAAGGCGAGGAUAUUCCUAUACCUCAAGGUGAGGAUGUACCUGAGUUAGAAGAAAUUGGUAAUCGAAAACAACAACGUUUGGAUGGUAAAGAGCACAAAGCAUUAAAAGAUCCAGCUUUUGAAGAUGAUUGGAAAUUUGAAAGAGAAUUAGCAAAACAAGUUUAUAAUAAGCCAGAGAAAAAAGUAGGUCUCAUAAAUACUGAAAUUGAUGAAAUUAAUGUUGAUGAUUUGAGAAAAAAUAAAAAUAUACAAGAGUCUUUCAAAAUAAGACAGCCUUGGAAAGAUGAAUCAUUCAAAAAUGUUUCUAGAGAUCCAAAAGGAAAAAAAGAAGAUAAAAAAUAAAUUAAAUUUAAACGUAGC